AUGAGUGCCGGGUCGGGUUCAGUCGGCCGGGCCCGGCCCGCAUCAACCAGCACCUGGUUGCCAGAAAACUCAACCCUGGCCCCCACGGAGGCCAAUAUGGAGGCCAUGGCCCUAAUGUCGGACACAUUGGGCACAUUGUUGAGCUUGGAUGGGCCCGUGCAGCAGAGUGUGGCCGCUAGUAUGGAGAGGGCCGAGUUCUUGGACCCGCUGAUGUGGACAUGGCCCGACAGCCUGGACCCGCCAGCUAUCACGAGUUUCGGGCCCUGUUCGGGACAAUGGGUUUGGGUUUCGGGGAAUGAGUUAACAUUAGGCGCCAUUUGUGACGUUUAUUUGGAUCAGCGGCAGAUCAGGCGCCGUCUUCCCGGCGCCGCCCUCCGCCGCCGGCUUCUCGAAAGCCCUGCUCCCAAAGAAGAAAAACCCGACGCCGUGGCCGGCGACGGCGGCCACGAACACCCCGGCGUUGAACGACAUGACGGCGAGCAUCACGAGGUAGACCAGCCCGACCCUGACGACGUACAUCGCCGUCUGGGCAGCGGCGGCGGCCGCCGACGACCGUCCCCGGAGGAUCCUGCAGUGGGACAGCCACUCUGCGGCGGCCGCAAGGAGGAAGACCACCGCCAGGGCCAGCGCGUACAUCCCCGGAUGGCCGUAGCCCGGCCACCCAUCGAACAGGAUUUCCGCGUUCUCGCCCCAGAAGAACGUCAUGUGCAUCAUCAUGUGGCGGCGGCGCAUCGCCGUGGGCGGUGGUGCUGCCGACGACAUGCCGUGUAUAUGGCCACCGUCGUUCAUUUAUUUUUGUUGGAAAGAUAA